AUGAAAUCAUCUGGAUAUGUUUUCUGUUCGUUAACCUUAAAAAAACUAAAGAUACAUCACACGUGUAAAACACGCGAUCGGGGUUUAGCUGACCAGUCUACGACUAUACGAAAGGAACCAUUUACGCAUUUAUCUGAAAAAGAAUUAAUCGAAGAAGCAAAUAAAGUUAUAGCUCAAGCUCAAAGCGUUACCUGCACAGCCGAUAACUCACCCGAGAAAUUUUUUUCCCUGCCUCACAGACGGAAAUUAAAAGAAGCGUCUGGACGAAGAAAUAGUGACGACGCUAUAUCACCAGACGGCAUUUUAAAAACGCCACUUGGCAGAUCCACAAGUGAUGUAACCACAAAGAAAAGAAAGGAACGCACGUCCUUGUCUACGCUCUUCAGGCGAGGACAAAGAAAUAAAAGCCCUGAUGCACCUGUUGUUGUUACAACUAAACCGGCAGUUAUUGUAAAAAGGAGCAAAAGUGACGUUUCGGAUUUAAAAUCCAACACGAAUCUCACGAAAACUAAACCAAUUCGGAAAAGAUCUGGAAGUGAAACUGAAGAAUUCCUUAAAUCUUUAAGAAACAAAAAAUCGCAACUGUCCCCUAUAAUAGAAAGCUCACCUAGAGAAGAUUACUUUAAAAAGGUUUCUCCGCUAGAAUUAUUACAAAAACAAAACUUGACGGAAAAAGAUAUCGCUGUAAAUUCGGAAUCUGAGCCAUCUCUUUCAGAUAACAAUAAAGUUAAUCCAAUAGAGAAACCACCAAGAUACCAACCUAUUAAGGCUCAAGAAAAUCAAAAUCCUAAACCUCCUUCUAGAACGAAAAGAGGAAAAUCUAGCGAAACUGACAAAGAGCCUUCGCCACCAAUUGAUGAAACACCGAAACGUAAAGUAGAAAUUAAGAAGUCUAAUCUUUUUAAUAAAUUAGAUUUAAAAACGAAAGAUAAACCACUUGAUGUUAAAGAUAAAAUAAAAGACAGCAUAAGAAAAAUUGAGGAAAACAUAUAUGGUACGAAAGAUAUGAUUCACAGUAGCCAACAACCACCAGAUAAGCCUCCAUUAACUAGAGGGUAUGCUGUUGACCACAUGGUGAAAAUCCUUAAAGAAGACCAGCAUUCACCACCACCAAAAAGCCACUUAAUUGCGCCAAUACAAGGUGGUAACAUUAACCAACCAUUUUCUUACACUAAACCUAGUACUAGCCCAGAUCCCAAUCUUUUCAUUAGGACAACAAGUCCAGAUAGAGUUCCAACACCGGUAAACAAAAUGGUCGAUAAGGGUGGUCUUUACGCUAAAGUUGUAAAGGAUAACGACGAUUUUCGUUCAAAUUUUACAAAACAAACUUUACACAAAACUUAUUCACCACGAGAAAAAAGUCGCAACCUAUCAGAUGAAGAUGAAGGAUUAGGAUAUGAAGAGAGACACAAAUAUUCCGAUGACCGUGUGUUUGAUUACAAUUAUAAAAACGAAAAUAAUUUUAAUAGUAUAGAUGGUUUCAACAUACAAGAAUCACCAAUACGGCCGCGUUUUAGAGAAUAUAAAUUAAUGAGUUUUGAAGAUUUAGAACCAAUGUACGCUAACGGCGAUUUAGACAAAGAAAGUUUGCAGGACCCGAUUAACAGCUUCAGAGGCAGAGCAGAUGGCAUGGACACUAAAAAGAAAACGUUUGAACCAGAUUCAAAAAUAGACUUAGAUUUUAAUGAACUAAGUCAUCGACGUCAAUUGCUUGAAUCUCGUCUUAAUGCUCGUAGAUAUGAAAGAGACCGUUUACUUUCUCCGGAUGAACCUGUACUUCGCUAUCUUGUUGAGAAGGAUCCAAUAUAUGAAGCUGAAAAACGGAUGAAACAAACAGAAAAAUAUGUAAACGAUACUGUAAGGUAUUAUCGCCGAACGCUCGAGCGAGAUGGUUUUGAAAAUAAUUUAGACGAAGAUUAUAAAUAUGAAUUGGAUAACCACAAGACAAAAUUUAAUACAGAAUCGAGGUUAUUUUCCAAACCCCCUCAAGAAGAUAUUGACAGGCGUGAAUUCAUUGAUAGUUUAGAGAGGCCCAAUAAAUUUAAAAAUGUUCAAAAGAUAUUUCCGCCUGAACCCGAAUAUGAGCCGCCCAGUCUAGAAUCAAAUCCCGGUAAACCAGUUUCACCAGAUGAAUAUAAAGAGAAAAAGUACAGGGUUAAAAAGCAAUUUAAUUCUAGUCACGAGCUUUUGCAUUCUGGCCAAAAGUAUAAAAUUAAGGAUGACUGGUUUGGAAAAAGGAAGGGACACUAUUCCUCUAAUCCUGAAAUUGCCCAGGAACGAGAAGAUGAAUAUGCAAAUCUCAGAUAUAACCCAAAGCAGGAAAGUUUUCAUAAUUCUUUGCGGCGAAUUAAAAACAAGGAAAAGAGUUACAAUACCAUCAAAAGACAUGAUUCUGGUGAUAGUCGCGACUAUUAUCGUGAACAGAUGUCACCACGUCGCUAUGAUUUCGACAGUCGUUUGGUGGAUUCAGGAAUUGAAAACGAUUUCAGGCUCAACUCAAGCGGGGAACUUCAUAAAACGAGACAUAGAAGACAAGUAAGCGAUGAUGAUGCUCGAACCACAUCUCUGUUUUUAGCCAGCGAAAGACAAUUCGCCGAAGAUAAUUAUCCAGGUGAACAAAUAUAUGCAAACGGUGAUUAUUUGUCUAAAUCAAAAGACUACAGAUAUAAGGACAAGACACGGAGUACGGAACGAAAUGGUGAUGACUUUGAUCCUCUUUCGAGGUACGAGAAAAGCUCAAAACAUGUAGAAAACAUCAGUGCGAAACCACCAAAAGUGAAAAAGCUUUCGGGACUUGAAAAGGUGAAACAACUAUUCUCUCGCGACUCUUCCAAGAAGAGCAAGAAAGAGAAAGAUGUAGUACAGAAGAAGCCUCGCACGCGGGUGCUCAAGAGCCCUGAACAUCUUGCCAGACACGACUCAGACUACAGAAGGUACACAGAUCCUGAACCCAGUGAUACUGAGAUGAGGAAAAAAGAUUAUAGAGACGAUAGGAAAUAUAAUAAUUCGAGAGAAGACCUUGACAGGUACCCGGUUGAGAGAAAAAGAAGGGAAGAGUGUUACAAGGAUUCAGGCUACGGUGAACGGUUUGAUAGAACACUACGGGAAGAAAGAAGAUACAAAGAAGAAAGGAGACGACACACAUCGUCUGAGAGAGAAAGUGAUCAUCAACGGGCGGAAAGAGAUAGCGAGAGAAAAUCUACCCGAUCAAGGACAGCAGGACCUUUGGACUCACCUGCUUUGGCGGAACGUUACCGUGAAAGAAGACGUCUAGCCACCCCGAGUCCAACACCAUCACCUCCACGUCGUCAGACAACACAAUCUUCAAGUUGGUUUAAGUCAUUAGAUCGCCUUGGCAAAAAACGAGACAAAAACGCAAAGGUGGAAAAAGAAAGCAUUAUUACAACGGAAGACGAAUCUCUACGUAGAGAUUGGCCAAAACCGAGAAAACCCUUAAACUCACCAGGUAAGAACCUUCGAUUCUUCGGCGAUACUGAUCCAGAAUCGGAUGCAAACACCAAACAAACCGUCACGAAGACAAAAAGUCAUCCGAUAAAGUCCCACGGAACCCUACGGAAGACCACAUCGAACUCAAGCAAUGGACUUGACGAGGUAGAUCACAGUGAACUCUCAAACAAAAGCUAUUCUCUUUCUAACCUGCACCGAGGUGAAAAACGAAGAGAAAGUGUAUCACCACGUACAAAAGAAUACUAUAAAAGAAACCUACAGAAUAUAUCUGAAAUGAGCAAUACUGAAGUAGAGAGUCAGUUUGAUAGAAAAAUGGCAACCAAACCUCCUAUAAGUCCAUACGAUAGGUCAAGAAGCCAUAGCAGUAACAAAACUUUGAAAGCAAGUAACGGAGAUAUCAGAAGGCAUGCCAGAGACGAUAGAGGUAGUUCGUCAGAGCUCAGGAGUGGAAAAUCUGAAAGCAGGGAUAUGAAAUAUCGCCGGCGGACUCCAGUAGCAAACUCAGGCGAGAGUAGCACUGAAGGAGACUCCAGUCACCAAUCUCAGCGAAGCGUCGUUUAUUUACAUGCCACGACAGUUGGUGAUAUUCCCGAUCCCGGCCGUGUUGGAAGAAACCGCUCUCGGGAUGAUGUAUCAUCUGUGAUGUCCUCUAACAUUCAAGUUCGAAACACAACCAAAACAUUCUCCCUCUUUGCCCCGUGGACCCCCAAACACUACAACGAUCAAUACGACGUACAUUACGCGCAGAAACCCAAGUUGAAAAAGGAGAGUACGCCAAAAAAGUAUUCUUCGUCGAAAAAUUUGACAGAUGACAGACCGGCAACAUUACGGAAAAAAUCUCACAGUCAAACCACUUUGACUCGAAAGCCGAAUAACAGUAACCGAUUAACAAGUUCGAGUACGUCACUGUACAGAUCGCAAAAGCGCGGGAAUGAUUCCCAAACAUCUCAAAGUACGAUACCGCGCAAGAGUACAAAUGGUCGGAGUCAAUCGAGUGAGAUUUUGAACAGAGGCGAACGCCAUCCGAUUUCGCGGUCAACAUCGAUUCCCAAAGAUAAAAAAGCUGGCUGGUUUAAAUUAUCUAAGAAUAAGAAACAAGAAAUCACGCGUGUACGAUAA